AGAGGGUCAUAGACUCCUUUGCUGAGAGGAUCACAAUGAAGAUCAAGGCUAGGCUGGCAGCUGGAUUUUCUCAGCCACGAAGUGGUCCAAGGAAGGUCAUUCGAAGGGAUCAUGGAGGUGCUCAUGAGCGUUUGGUGGAGGACUACUUCGCUGCUAACCCACUAUACCCCGACAGUAUGUUCCGUACAAGAUUUCGCAUGAAUAAACACCUCUUCCUACGCAUUGUGAAUGCCCUUGGUCAGUGGUCUCCUUAUUUCACUUAUAGGGCAGAUUGUUCUGGUCGGAUUGGACUCUCACCAUUGCAGAAGUGUACCGCAGCCAUGCGCAUGCUAGCAUAUGGCACCCCUGCAGACGCCCUUGAUGAAUACCUAAAGAUUGGGAAGUCCACUGCAUUAGAGUGUAUGGACAAGUUUGCAGAGGGGGUGAUUGCGGUGUUUGGUAGCGAUUACUUGAGACGCCCCACACGGGAGGAUGUCGAGCAUUUACUUCAGGUUAAUGAGUCUCGUGGUUUCCCUGGAAUGCUAGGAAGUAUUGAUUGCAUGCACUGGCGAUGGGAGAAGUGUCCUUUAGCAUGGAGGGGGCAAUUCACACGUGGUGAUUAUGGAGUACCAACGACGGUCCUAGAAGAUGUUGCUUCCCAGGACCUUCAUAUUUGGCAUGCUUUCUUUGGAAUAGCUGGGUCAAACAAUGAUCUUAAUGUUCUCAACCAAUCCCCACUGUUUUUUGAUGCAUUGAAAGGAGAAGCCCCUCAAGUUCAGUUUUUGGUCAAUGGAAAUGAGCAUAGCACAGGUUACUACCUUGCUGAUGGCAUAUACCCAGAAUGGGCUGCCUUCAUGAAGACUAUACCACUUCCCCAAACAGAGAAGCAUAAAUUGUUUGCUAAGUUCCAAGAAGGGGCAAGGAAAGAUGUGGAGCGUGCGUUUGGGGUUCUACAGUCUCAUUUUACCAUUGUUCGCCGGCCGGCACGACUAUGGAAGAGGAAGAGUGUUGGAAGGAUCAUGCGAGCUUGUGUGAUUCUCCACAACAUGAUAGUUGAAGAUGAGAAGGAUCAGGUUACCAUUCAUAUUGACUUGAAUGAGAACCCGGGGGCUUCAUUUGCUCUACAUCCCGAAGUGAAUGUUGGUGGUAAUCUAUGUUUCGCCGAUGUGCUGCGUAGAAAAGCAACUAUUCGUGCCCGUCCACAGCAUACCCAACUUAAGAAUGACUUAAUUGAGCAUAUUUGGAAUAAGUUUCAAAAUAGCCAUCAUAAUUAA